AUGCAUUUGAUUCAGAUCCCGCAGCCGAUUGGGCCAUGUCGCCCUCUGUGCGAGACCGUCCGCGACAAAUGCCUGCCACUCCUCAAAGAUUUCGGCUUUUCUUGGCCGACACAAAAUCGAUUGCCAGCAAGUUUAUCGCUGGAAAACAAUAAUGAGGAUAUGUGUAUGCGCGGACCGAAUGAAGAGGGUGUGAUUGCAAGGAGUCCCGAAGAGUAUGACAAAGAAGACUGUCCACCUGAGCAUAUCUACGUGAAUCGCAGUGGUCGUUGCAUUCCAAUCUGUGCAGCAGGACAAGGUAUCAAGCAGAUCGAUCGCGAAUCCGCCUCAACAGCACUUUUCGUACUGUCCAUCAUCAGCCUUGUGAUCACUGCCAUUUGCGUGCUGACGUUUGUUAUGCGACGUCACUGCCUCACAGCCCUGCCAGAGACCAGUCUUCUAUGGACGGCACUUUCCUUUGCCUUAAGCUCCAUCGUCUACCUAUUCAGUCUACUCUACCGCGAACAGAUAUCCUGCACAGAUUACUCAUCACACCUGCUCUUCGUCGUCGGUGACCUUCCACACACUCCAUGCGCUUGUGUGGCAGCACUCUUGUACUAUUUUGGCACUGCAGGCCGUCUGUGGUGGCUUGUGCUUUGCUGCACAUGGAACCAGCAAACUACACGCUCAGGAAACUUGGAGAAGUACCGCGUACAAAUCCAAGUGCUGGCGUGGGCUGCACCCCUGGGUUUGGUGUUGGAUGGAGUGUUCAAUCUGUUCCGUGAUCUAGUCUUCGUUAUCGCCGCAUGUAUACCAUUGCUUGUUGGAUUUCGUGGAAUGCUUACAUCGCCGCAGGCCACAUUUGGCGCCGGACUGGAGGGUGCGUUAUACCCUGCAGCUGCGCUCUUCUACAUGCUUUCAUUCAUAAACGAUGCUUGGCAGCCGUCAAUGCACUGGACACGCAGUUGGAACAUCGUGUCAGCGCUGAAGAUACUUAUCGAUCCAAUUCUGGGAGUACUGGCAGCUUCUGCCUGCCUACUGCACAUCAUCAUCAACCUCUGCCGUCUCCUGUUGCUGACAAGCACGGGCUACCAACCGGCUGGCAUGCACGAAUUCCACAGCAAUUCCUGUGAGCGUUCGUUCCCACAACACCUAUGCGACCACAUCACAACGAUUGCCUAUUUGCUAGUGAUCUCUCCUAGGACAGUACCGUUGUCCUGCGGUCCCAUGCUCAGGGACAAGCGCUCCUCAAUCUAUGAAUUAAUUGGUUGA